GUAUAACUAGCAACGUUUUGAGACACUCGGUAUAAGCCGUUUGCAAGUCGAGAACACGGAUUUUACAUUUUUAAUGGCGAUCAGCAUUUUUCCGAUGUGCAAUGACGAAAAUAUUUUGCCCCUAACGGUUUCGUUGUCACCUAAAUAUAAUAAUUUGAACCGUUUGCUAUUUGUUUUUGCAAAAUCAGCAAUCCCCAGUGUAAGUAUACAGCUGUUAAUGAUUUUAAGUGACCACUGCUCGCAAGAGACAUGGGUGUCGGCAGCUUUUUUAUCAUCUUAUCGUUAAUUUUCGUGGGGGAUUACUAUUGCCCCGUCGACUGCGAUAUUUCCGCCAACAGUAUAAUGCGCAAGGCCAGCAAUCCUGUUAAUCUCGUCGAGUCGCUGCGCAGACAGAUCGAGUACAAAGAGCAAGAACUCGAGAGGGCGGAAAAGGUGAACAAAAAUUUCGAGAAAAUGAUCGAACUGGUCAACGUUCUAGGUCAAGUCGACACGUUUCUCACGGACAGGACGCGGGCAAUCAUCAAGAAGCUGGCCAUCUUGACUGAAGACGGAAACGACAUUGUCGUGGCCAAAACAUCGAAGCAAUAAUUAUGUUUUGUAUUUGCUGAUAAUAAAAGUUUGAAAA